AUGGAAGAAUUAUUAGCGCCCUACCUGCGAUGUACUGGGAAGGACCGCCGUCUUGAUGCGCCUGCGUUUUCACUCGCACUCCAGGGCCCAGAAAAGCUGUCGCGUACAGCCCCAUACCUAUUUCAUGUGACAUUACAGCGUCUAGACAAGGACAGCAAGACUUGUCUCUUCUCAUGGAAUCCGCAGGUGCAUGGCUUUCUUGCCGAUGGCGGAUUUAUACUUCUUCAUCAUACCGCGCAAGGCGAAUUGAGGCCAGUCGAGUUCCCUGGAUGCAAUGCACUUCCUCCACUAGAACUUUGGCGCUCUUAUCCUCUCAAUGAACAUGAACCUGGUGGAAUUCAGCAGUAUUACGACGUCUUCCCCGAGCGUCUUCUCCCACGCCUACAAACUGGAGAACGAUAUGUACUUUUCUGGCCUGGUUUUUAUGGCUAUAUUCCCCCUGCAAAGACCGCCCUCGUUUUGCCAGGCGGCCCAUUUCUGUCCUUCACGGUCGAGGAUGACGGGGACAAGCCGAUGGCGCCAGCGCCAUUGUUCGGAGCGGAAGAACCCCGUCCCACACUAAUCGCAAGAAUCGAAUGCCAUCCCCAGGGCCAGGUUGCCUUGAAGGAUGACCUUGUGACUGCGACGCUGCAUGUCACUUACGAACGGACCGGUGAUGGCAGUGGUAGACCAAUUACCUUCAACACUACGGAGACUAAGCCCCAAGCUCUGGAUAUGGAAGGCUUCAGUUGCGGUUGGGGUAGCAAUACCUUCUGUGAUGAUCCGGAUAUUCAAGUCUCGCCCGGCAGCGAUGACAGCUUUGACUGUCUGCAUCCGGGCGAAACCUGGUCCAACACCUUUCGAUACCCAAUGAUUACGGAUAUUGAGAGCAGCGAUGGUGGGGUGGCUGAAGCCGGGGAACUGAUACGGUGUCUCUUCAAAGGAAUCGAGCUUGUUUGGUGGGCUUGGGGAACUCGAGAGGAUCAUCUGGCGACUGUGGUCACAGUCCCAGCCACCGGAAGCAGGAUUGUGCUGGAGCCUAGGCAGCAUCCUGUCGUUAUCGUUCCUGCCGCGGCUCCAGUUGACUUGAAGUUGGUAUAA